AUGGCGGAUCCAGCCGAAUGCAGCAUCAAAGUGAUGUGCCGGUUCCGGCCCCUCAACGAAGCGGAGAUUCUUCGAGGGGACAAAUUCAUCCCAAAAUUUAAAGGCGAUGAGACCGUGGUGAUUGGGCAAGGGAAGCCAUAUGUCUUCGACAGAGUGCUGCCUCCCAGCACGACCCAAGAGCAGGUUUACAAUGCGUGUGCAAAGCAAAUUGUCAAAGAUGUCCUUGAAGGUUAUAACGGGACGAUUUUUGCAUAUGGACAGACUUCAUCAGGAAAAACACACACCAUGGAGGGGAAGCUACAUGACCCUCAACUCAUGGGGAUCAUCCCAAGGAUCGCGCACGACAUCUUUGACCACAUCUAUUCCAUGGAUGAAAACCUGGAGUUUCAUAUCAAGGUUUCCUAUUUUGAGAUCUACUUGGACAAAAUCAGGGACUUACUGGAUGUAUCCAAGACGAACUUGGCUGUUCAUGAAGACAAAAACAGAGUCCCGUAUGUAAAGGGGUGCACCGAGCGCUUUGUGUCAAGCCCCGAGGAAGUCAUGGAUGUGAUAGAUGAAGGCAAAGCAAACCGACAUGUGGCUGUAACAAAUAUGAAUGAACACAGCUCGAGAAGUCACAGUAUCUUCCUGAUCAAUAUUAAACAAGAGAAUGUAGAGACCGAAAAAAAGCUCAGUGGGAAGCUGUAUCUAGUUGAUUUGGCCGGGAGCGAAAAGGUCAGCAAGACUGGUGCCGAGGGAGCUGUUCUCGACGAAGCUAAAAAUAUCAAUAAAUCUUUGUCUGCUCUUGGAAACGUGAUCUCUGCCUUGGCAGAAGGGACAAAAACACACGUACCAUAUCGGGACAGCAAGAUGACUCGAAUUCUUCAGGACUCUCUGGGUGGGAACUGUAGAACCACCAUCGUUAUUUGCUGCUCUCCUUCUGUCUUCAAUGAGGCUGAGACCAAGUCAACACUGAUGUUUGGGCAAAGGGCUAAGACCAUCAAGAAUACAGUCUCCGUGAACCUGGAACUGACAGCGGAAGAAUGGAAGAAGAAAUAUGAAAAAGAGAAAGAGAAAAACAAGACUCUCAAGAAUGUUAUCCAGCAUCUGGAGAUGGAGCUAAACAGAUGGAGAAACGGAGAAGCUGUGCCUGAGGAUGAACAGAUCAGUGCUAAAGACCAGAAGACCUUGGAGCCCUGCGAUAACACCCCCAUCAUAGACAAUAUUGCUCCUGUUGUUGCUGGCAUCUCUGCAGAGGAGAAAGAGAAGUACGACGAGGAGAUCUCCAGUCUCUACAGACAACUGGAUGAUAAGGAUGAUGAAAUUAACCAGCAGAGCCAGCUGGCUGAAAAGCUAAAGCAACAGAUGUUGGAUCAGGACGAGCUUUUGGCUUCCACAAGAAGAGAUUAUGAGAAGAUCCAGGAAGAACUGACACGUCUCCAGAUUGAAAACGAGGCAGCCAAAGAUGAAGUGAAAGAAGUUCUCCAGGCUCUGGAAGAGCUGGCUGUCAAUUAUGACCAGAAGUCCCAGGAAGUAGAGGACAAGACCAGGGCCAAUGAGCAGCUGACAGAUGAGCUGGCCCAGAAGACGACUACAUUGACAACCACACAGAGAGAGCUGAGCCAGCUACAAGAGCUUAGCAACCACCAGAAGAAGAGGGCUACUGAGAUCCUGAAUUUGCUGUUGAAGGAUCUGGGGGAGAUAGGUGGAAUUAUCGGCACCAAUGAUGUGAAGACUUUGGCAGAUGUGAACGGAGUCAUUGAGGAGGAAUUCACCAUGGCCCGCCUGUAUAUCAGCAAGAUGAAGUCGGAGGUCAAAUCCCUGGUGAACCGCAGCAAACAGCUCGAGAGCGCCCAGAUGGACUCCAACAGGAAGAUGAAUGCCAGUGAGCGGGAGCUGGCAGCCUGCCAGCUGCUCAUCUCCCAGCAUGAAGCCAAGAUCAAAUCCCUGACGGAUUACAUGCAGAACAUGGAACAGAAGAGGAGGCAGCUGGAAGAGUCCCAAGACUCACUUAGUGAAGAGCUGGCCAAACUCCGAGCCCAAGAAAAAAUGCACGAAGUCAGCUUCCAGGAUAAGGAAAAGGAACACCUGACCCGACUGCAGGACGCUGAGGAAAUGAAGAAGGCGCUGGAGCAGCAGAUGGAGAGUCACCGGGAAGCUCACCAGAAGCAGCUGUCCAGACUUCGAGAUGAGAUCGAGGAGAAGCAGAAAAUCAUCGAUGAGAUGCGGGAUUUGAAUCAGAAGCUGCAGCUAGAGCAGGAGAAGCUCAGUUCUGAUUAUAACAAGCUGAAAGUGGAAGACCAAGAGAGGGAAAUGAAGCUGGAGAAGCUCUUAUUGCUCAAUGAUAAAAGGGAACAAGCCAGAGAGGACCUCAAGGGGCUGGAGGAGACAGUGUCUCGAGAAUUGCAGACUCUUCAUAACCUCCGGAAACUCUUUGUCCAGGAUCUGACUGCCCGGGUCAAGAAGAGUGUAGAGCUGGACAACGAUGAUGGAGGGGGCAGUGCUGCCCAGAAGCAGAAAAUUUCCUUCCUGGAAAAUAACCUGGAGCAGCUCACGAAGGUUCACAAACAGCUGGUCCGGGACAAUGCAGACCUGCGCUGUGAGCUGCCCAAGCUGGAGAAGCGGCUGCGUGCCACGGCGGAGCGUGUCAAGGCCCUGGAGAGCGCGUUGAAGGAGGCCAAGGAGAACGCCAUGCGGGACCGCAAGCGCUACCAGCAGGAGGUGGAUCGCAUCAAGGAGGCUGUUCGAGCCAAGAAUAUGGCCAGGAGGGCCCACUCAGCCCAGAUUGCCAAGCCCAUCCGCCCUGGACACUACCCAGCAUCAUCUCCAACGGCCGUCCACGCCAUCCGAGGGGGAGGAGGAGGCUCUUCAAACUCCACUCAUUACCAGAAAUAA